AUGGCCGGCGGGACGGCCACCAACGGCACCACCGCGCCGCCCCAGGCCGGCAUCUUCGAGGGCAUCAAGCCAAACGCCUGGUCCACCUCGCAGCCCAUCACCCUCUUCAUCAUCCAGUCCGUCAUCAUCAUCGUCUUCUGCCGCGCCCUCCACUACCCCCUCUCCUACAUCAAGCAGCCCAGGGUCAUUGCAGAGGUCAUCGGCGGCAUCAUGCUCGGCCCCUCCGUCCUCAUGCGCAUCCCGGGCUUCAGAGAGGAGGUCUUCCCCAAGGACUCCAUCGUCGUCCUCAACAACGUCGCAAACCUCGGUCUCCUGCUCUUCCUCUUCCUCAUCGGCCUCGAGGUCGACCUGCGCAUGUUCGUCAACAACUGGCGCGUCGCCGCCAGCGUAGGAGCUGCCAGCAUGGUCCUGCCCUUCGCCCUCGGCUACGCCAUCGCCGCCGGCCUCUACGAGCAGUUCCACGACAAGUCAAAGUCCAACAUUAGCUUCACCGUCUACGGCCUCUUCAUCGGCACCGCCUUGGCCAUCACCGCUUUCCCCGUGCUCUGCCGAAUCCUGACGGAGCUCGACAUGCUGAGCACACCCGUCGGUGUCACCGUCCUCGCCGCCGGUGUCGGCAACGACGUUGUUGGAUGGGUCCUCCUCGCCCUCUGCGUCGCGCUCGUCAACAACGGAUCCGGCAUCGCUGCUCUCUGGGUCCUCCUCGUCGCCGUGGCGUGGACCCUGUUUCUCGUCUUUGCUGUUCGCCCCGCCUUCCACUGGCUACUGCGCAAAAAGGGUGCCAUCCAGAAUGGUCCUAGUGAGUCCAUGAUUAUGGUCACCCUCGUGCUGGUACUCAUCUCGGCGUGGUUCACGAACAUCAUUGGUGUGCAUGCCAUUUUUGGCGCGUUCUUGGUCGGCCUGAUCUGCCCACACGAGGGUGGCUUCAGUAUCAAGGUCACGGAACGCAUGGAAGAUCUCAUCUCUGCUCUGUUCCUGCCGCUAUACUUCGCACUCUCGGGUCUGAACACGGACUUGGGCCUUCUGAACGACGGCAAGAUCAUUGGCGGCACGCUCGCUGCCAGGGCGAUGAACCUUGUCUGGCGAGAGAGUUUCGCCAUUGGAUGUCUCAUGAGUUGCAAGGGCCUCGUCGAGCUUAUCGUUCUUAACAUUGGUUACCAGGCCAACAUCCUGGACCAGAGGACCUUCACCAUGUUCGUCAUCAUGGCACUCAAGCUGGACGCUUGGAAGCGUGGUGAGAUCGAUUGGGACGGCAAGCCUAUCGUGCACGACGACAACAGCUUUUCUGAUUCGGCACAGAAGCUACACAAGACCAAGAUUCAGCGCGUCCUCGUAUACCUGCGUCUCGACAGUCUCCCUAGCACGUUCACAUUCUUGUCGAUACUGGGAGUGGAAGAGGUGCCUGCCGCACCGGCAGAAGAUGCUGCCCAUGCGAGCGACGGCGCCAGGACCGUCGGGCCCAGGGCCCGUCCGCUGGAAGUUCACGCCCUACGAAUCUUGGAACUUACAGACCGUAGCUCUUCCGUCAUGAAGGUCACAGAGACCGAGGACUAUGCAAAGCGCGACCCUGUCAUUAAUGCUUUCAGGACUUUCUCGAGACUGCAUGACCUCGCGUUCUCCGGCAACGUUGUCGUCACUCCAGAGAGCAUGUACGCCGACACUGUCGUCACAUCCGCGUCGAGCCAGGAGUCAGACUUUGUCCUCGUGCCCUGGAGUCAGGUUGGCAGCAACACAGAAGAUCAGUCGGUGCCCUUCCGGGUCUCCUCUGAGGAUCGCUACAACCCUGGCCCUCACCUUGACUUCGUGCAGUCCGUCUUUGCCAAGGCUAUCUGCACCACCGGCAUUCUCGUCAGCAACGACACAAAUGGGACGGGCACAUUUGAACGGCCUGGGCUGACCCGAUCUAAGAGUGUCGUCUCGAUGCGCAGCAACAGAGAGGUUGCGGUACUGCCCAACUUCGAGAAGUCUCACCGCAUCUUCCUGCCCUUCGUUGGAGGCCCUGAUGACCGGGCUGCUCUCCGCUUUGUCCUGCAGAUCGCGAAGAACCCCAACGUCACGGCCACCAUCCUCCACCUCACACUAUCUGAUGCCGUGGACGACAGCAUAUCCCCUGUUCCAGCCACGACGUCAGAGCACGUUUCCAAGGAGCCCACUGUUGUUGACAGCCUCGCGGAGGAUGCCACCCUGUUUAGCACCUUGCAGUCAUCACUGCCGGCGGAGCUGGCCGCACGCGUCACGUUCUCGAAGCUGAGCGUUCCUAGCAAGGCUGCGGCCGAGAAAGCCAUCAAGGCCGCCAGCGAGACUAUCGGCCAGAACCCGCGCAACUCUGGCAACAUUGUGGUCGUCGGCCGGCGGCACUCUAUCCUGCAGCAGCAGCGGAGACCGAGCUCGUCGCCGGCCGCCGCGAACUACUUUGUGCAAGACGGCAUGCGGAACACCAUCGGUGUCCUGGGCCAGCAGCUCGUGUUUGGUGGCCUGCAGGCCAGCAUCCUAGUGAUCCAGGCCGGCGAGAAUGCAGCCCAGUAG